UUUUGAGUUUAAAAAUAACCCCACCGUCAUCGUUUGACGUUUAAUUUUGGAGGUUAUUUUCCGCAGCCUACCAGUAGCCACAAAGUUGUGCAACGAACAAGAGCAGGAAAGCAUUAUCCGCCUCUUCCGAAGCCUGCGCCACCCGAAGCACCAGAAAGCACUAACACUAACACAAAAAAAAUCAUUUGGAAGUGACCAAUGGCCGAAGUGAGCAGCAUCCUUAACAAUCAACUUUACGUGCGAUUGCUCAAAUUUAGGGCCAACAGCAACUACAGUCGCGUACGCGUUACUGCUCAUACCGAUGGCAUCGGACCGGAGGCUGGCCUGAUGUUCCUGUGCAAUUGCUGUAUGGGGAGCUUUUAUAGCCCCAGCGACGUGUCGUGCCGAUUCCUGCUGGUUUUAUAUUACCAUCUGUACGAGCAGCAUCCGCACUUGCUGUGCGUAGCGCCGCUUGAUGCGCCAAAGGAAUACUGUUAGAUUGUGUAAGGGUUUUUGUGCAAUGUUCCUUAAAAUCUGCGACAAAUGUAGGAAGUAAAACCCACUUUGUGACUAAAGAGCCAACUCUUUCAAAGUUUUGAUUUCGUUAGAGUUUUGGUUUAUAAUUCAACGAUUCCAAUUACGGGAGGUUUGCCGUCUGCGAUCUUCAAAUCUUCCAAAGAAAUUGCAAGUUUCCGUGUGACCUAGUUGAGCGAUUGAAUCGGACCCAGACACUCCAUUAUACUUCCCAUCAAUUCUACGCACAUCUCCUGGUUCCAAUAUCCUGAAGGUCCUGCCCUUCCCCAGUCCAAAAGAUAUGGUCGAAAACCAAACAUUUGUCAAAAUUCACCCCAAAAACAUCUAGCAGCCAUGGAAAUGAAUUUCGAAGGCGGAGAUCUUCAAUGUUCCAGAGCCUCAAAAAAAACCCAGCCUCCUGUGAUACCCGUCAGCGGAGGGAAAAGGGAAAAGAAAACAACGCAAAGAGAAGCAGCUCAUAUCACACUCUCUGCCUGAAAGUAAUCGAGUAGAACGUUGGCAAACUCCGAAGCAUCCACACCUGGGACGGACGGAACAGGACCGAGUAGGGUAGAAUCCGGGAGAAACACACACCAAAAAACAAGUCAUCCCGCCCCAGCAGUUUCAAGAAAACCCAUCAUUGAGGGCGCGCGAAAUGAUGUUUCGAUUGCGCUGAUAAUGGUGUGUGUGCGUUGCCCGACCCGGACGAGUGAUAACACGCGGCGAAAAACUGUCUUCUUCAACCCCUCGGGAUCCCCAUUCUACGACGAUUCGUCCCUGUCUAGCGAUGUGUAAACAGACGGGAUGGACUGCGAAAAAGACUGCGCCGUCCCUCUUCCCUUUUACGUUACAGUUACCCUAAUCGCAGCCCGCAGCCAUUCAAUCAGUCUAGUCAGCCGGCAAUAGCCAGUAGUCAGAGAGAUCUUCACCGUAUCGCGGGAUAGCAAUCACCGUUCCCGAGAUGACGGGUUUUGGGUGGGUAAUGGCCCCGUUCCCGUCGCCCUCUCACGAUCGCAUGUGCAACAGAAAUGGUGUCCUUGUACGGGACCGUCGUCGCCGUCGUCGGCGUCGUGGUCGUCCUCGUCCGUAUCAUCGUACUGGCUUCGCUUCGGGAAGGACGCACACGCUCGGGCCGGGCUCGUGCACCGGGCCGCUAUAAAAGCGGUCCCCUUAUCGGACGGCGUGCUCAAUCGGCCGAAGGAUACUAUCGGCACCACGUGGUCGGCAGUCAGUUUGCGGUGGUGCGGUGCUUUCGAGUGUUUGGGCCUGUCCGUGCGGUGUCCGUGUCGGAGCGGCUCUUCGGAUCCUUACCGGUUUUUAGGAACGUUUUAGGUUUUUUUGUGGAAUUAGUGAACAGUUUUGAGCCUAGUUCCCAGUGGUGGGCUACAAACUUCCUGUACCAAGAAUCAGGAUAAGGCAGUGCUUUCAAGUGAAUCUUACAAAAGGGAAGGACGCUCAACAGGUGCUGUAAAUUGUGGUGUGCCUGUGUGUUUCAUGGUCAAGAAUACAGGAUGUGAUAUUGCUGAUAAGCCUUACCGACCCGCCUACCAGUCCAGAAUCAAGGCUGUGUGUGCAUUAGGAUAAUUUUGUUUGCGGCGUGCCACCUGUUUUGCAUCACUAACCUGGAAGUCAUUAUUCAAGGUUGACAACGACGACGCCGCCUCAGCAGCAAUGGUGUGCCGUGUGUCCCGGCAAAGUGUGUAAUAAAAUUCCCUCGUCUUGUUAAUGCGAAAGAAAACUCCCCCGAGAGUUGUGUGUGCGGGUGUUGUAGGGGAAAAGGUUCUGUAUCACCCCCACGGAAGACCGUCAACCAUCCUUGAAGAAGGGCCCCGGAGCUCUAAAUGCGUCUAUCGAUCAGACGCCAAACCAGCCCGAUCCGGUACACACGCUCCAUCCCCAGUACAGCAGGCUCGACAUGGUAAUGGAAUGCGAUCCAUAACGCUGUUACGAACGUAUAAAAAUAAUCCUUGCGUAAAAUCGAGCAACUGGCCGUGAAAAGCCUGUGUCGAUAGCGAAGAAACAAAGCAACAACGGUAACCAGCAACCAGACAGAAACCGGCCAUAGUUUGUACCGGUGUAUCGCUGUGCUAUCAGUUAGAUAAAAGAAACGCACUCACUAAACUAACUACCCAACUUCGCUUCGCUCGGUAUGCAAAUGAGCCGCGUCUGCAGCACGCGCGGUGCCAUAUAAAAUGUCAACGGGACGUAAAUUAUCGCGUGACGAUCAAGGAGCACCUUGUCAGCUGUAUCGCCCAACGCUGAUGAUGAUGAUGAUGAUGGCACACCCAAUCGACUGGGAUCGGUUCACCGAGGCCAAUGGCCAAAGCAAGCAGAAGCAGCACUAUCUUCACCAUCUAUCCCACCGUCUCUGCAACGCCCUGUAAGAGCAUUGUUACAAACAGCAGCACCUCACCGACAGGAGCGGUCACCACCGUCAGCGAUGGCCAGCUGGGCCGGGCGCAACAGAAACGGGGCGUCACUGAACUGCGUUCCGUUUGUGUGCUGUGCCGUUUUACUAUGCUGGGUGGGCUGCCAUACGCCGCCGCCCGUUACGGCACACCCCCGUGACCAUCGGCCCACCGUACAGCGAACGGUGGAGGAUACCGAAAUUGGGCAGCUUCUGAGCAGCCUGCUGGACGGGGCUGGCCGGGACGGGGACGAUUACAACUUGGAGGAGGACGGUGAGUCGACGGGCGGUGGUGUGGCCGGUUCGGCCGGAAGUGGCAACGGUUCGAGUCUCGCCGGGGGCCACAUCGACCGGGUGCACAAACGGAGCCUUAGCAACCUUGAGAUACAACCGAUCAUUGACGAUACAAAUUACACCGUGUACCAUGUGGGUGUGCUGAUGGCAUCGCAUCUCGACUCACCUUUCGACCUGGAACGCUGUGGACCGGCUAUCGAUUUGGCGCUCGAGCUGGUCAACCAAAGUCUCAUGAAAGUGCACAACGUACGGCUCAGCAAGGUGCAGCGAAGCUAUGCCACCUGCUCCGGCUCCAAAUCACCCGGGCUGGCGGCCGAUUUGCACUUCAAGCAUAGCGUGAUCGCGUUCAUCGGACCGGCCUGUGCCUUUGCGCUCGAGCCCGUCGCCCAGCUGGCCGACUACUGGAAUACACCCAUCAUCACCGGGAUGGGCGAUCAGCCCCCAUCGGAGGGUGAACUCUCGGUAACGUCCGGCAUUCUGGGCCGCUUGAGCAACAGGUGGAAAAAUGAUAGCUCGGGUAUGUUCAAGGAUAAGUCCCGCUACCAGACGCUCACCCGCAUGUCCUACUGCCAGUGCCGGCUGAAGCUGGUGUUCUCGAGCAUCUUCCGCCAGUUCGGCUGGCGCCAUAUCGCACUCAUCAUCGACCGGUCAGAUCUGUUUUCGCUGACGGUUGGAAAGAACCUGGAGUACGGGCUGAAGGACGAGGAGCUGCUCAAGUUUGUGCGCGAGCUGGACGGUAACGAUGAGGAGGACAUCGAAGCCUACCUGAAGGAUGCGAGCAUGUACGCGAGGGUGAUAAUACUGUCCGUGCGAGGUUCGCUGGUGCGCAAGUUUAUGCUUUCCGCCCUGGCGCUCGGUAUGACGCGCGGCGAGUUCACCUUUCUCGAUGUGGAAAUCUUCCAGAGCUCCUACUGGGGCGACCACUACUGGGAGCUGGGCGACGAGGACGACUUUAAGGCGCGCAAAUCGUACGAAGCGUUGCUGCGCGUCUCGCUGCUACAGCCGACCAGCCCGACCUACCAGUACUUUGCGGAAAAGGUGCGCGCACUGGCGAAGCAGGACUACAACUACACGUUCGUGGAGGACGAGGAGGUGAACUUCUUCAUCGGUGCGUUCUUUGACGGCGUGUACCUGCUCGGGAUGGCGCUGAACGACACGCUGAACGAGGGCGGCGACAUACGGGACGGUACGGCGAUUACGCGGAAAAUGUGGGGCCGUGACUUUGAGGGGAUCACCGGACACGUGCGGAUUGAUGACAACGGUGAUCGUGAUGCGGACUAUUCCAUCCUCGACCUGGAUCCAAUUACCGGGCGGUUCGAGGUGGUGGCCCACUACUACGGCAUUACGCGGGAAUACUCACCCGUCAAGGGGAAGAAGAUUCAUUGGCCGGGCGGUCGCGAAGGUCCACCGCCCGAUGUGCCCAAGUGUGGAUUCCUCGGCACAUCGCCUGCCUGCCAGGGCAAUGGUGACAUGAUUAUCCUUUAUGGGCUCGUUGGAUUCGGCAUAAUCUCCGCCUUUGCCGCUGCGGUCACGUAUAUACUGUGCAAACAAAUGAAGCUUAAUAGCGAGCUGAACAACAUGUCCUGGCGGGUCCGGCCGGACGAGGUGCUGCUGGAGGUGGGCAAAAUGUUUGGCAGCAAAAUGGGACUGCAGAAGCUGAACUAUGAGAACUUUUCACUGCAGCAGUUCGGGCUGAACUCGGGCCGCGUUUCGAUAGCAUCCGGCAACUCGCAGCUGCCCGCCCAGCUCUUCACCACCAUCGGCAUCUACAAGGGCGAACGGGUCGCCAUCAAAAAGGUGGCCAAAAAGAAGGUCUACAUCACCUCCACGCUGCUGUGGGAGAUCAAGCAGGCGCGCGACGUGAGCCACGAAAAUACGGUCCGCUUUGUGGGCGCCUGUAUCGAUCUGCCCCGCCCGACAAUCCUCAUCCUGACCGAGUACUGCCCCAAGGGUAGCCUGAAGGACGUGCUAGAGAACGAAGCGAUUCAGCUCGACUGGAACUUCCGCAUGUCGCUGAUACACGACGUCGUGAAGGGUAUGGCCUAUCUGCACAACAGUGACGUCGGCGUGCACGGUAAGCUGCGCUCCUGCAACUGUCUCAUCGACGGUCGAUUCGUGCUGAAAAUCUCCGACUUUGGGCUGCGCACGCUGACCACGCCGUCGGAGUACGUGCGGGACCAGAACUACUACAACAAGCUGUUGUGGGUUGCGCCGGAGCUACUACCCGCCACCGUCAUCCCGGGUACGCCCGCCACCCAGAAGGGGGACGUUUACUCGUUCGCUAUCAUACUGGAGGAGAUCGUGGUGCGCGGUGGCCCGUACGAGACGGCUCGCCAGUUUCUGGACCCGCAGGCGAUUGUGGAGCGGGUGGCACUGCACGAGAGCCCGCCGUUUCGGCCGUUCGUGGGACAGCGGGACUGUCCGCCCGAUCUGCUUGACCUGAUGGAGAAGUGCUGGUCGGACAGCCCGGACGAUCGGCCAACGUUUUCCGGCAUCCGGAGCAGCGUGCGGCUGAUCAUGAAAGGAUUCUGCGAGAACCUCAUGGACGAUCUGCUGCGCCGCAUGGAGCAGUACGCCAACAACUUGGAAAGCUUGGUGGAGGAAAAAACCGAACAGCUCAGCAUGGAAAAGCGGCGCACGGAGGAGCUGCUCUACCAGGUGUUGCCGCGCCCCGUCGCCCAGCAGCUGCUGGCCGGCGAGAUGGUUCAGCCAGAACAGUUCGAGUGUGUCACGAUCUAUUUCAGUGAUAUCGUCGGCUUCACCGCCCUGUGCGCCCAGAGCCGCCCGAUGGAGGUGGUGGACUUUCUGAACGAUCUGUACAGCACGUUCGAUCGCAUCAUCGGGUUUUACGACGUGUACAAGGUGGAAACGAUUGGCGAUGCGUACAUGGUGGUGUCGGGGCUGCCGGAACGGAACGGGCACGACCAUGCGCGUGAGAUUGGGCUGAUGGCGCUGGCGAUACUGGAUGCGGUCAGGUCGUUCACCAUCAAGCAUAAGCCGGAGUAUCAGCUGAAGAUACGCAUCGGCAUUCAUUCGGGACCGGUUUGUGCCGGUGUCGUCGGGCAGAAGAUGCCCCAUUACUGUCUGUUUGGGGAUACGGUCAAUACGGCCUCGCGGAUGGAAUCCACUGGACAUCCACUCAAAAUUCAUGUGUCUGAGGCAGCCAAGCAAAUACUGGACAAAUUUGGAACGUUUCGGACGGAGCUGAGAGGAGACGUUGAGCUGAAGGGUAAAGGGAUCGUCACGACCUACUGGUUGCUGGAGUGCUCUGAACCCGACCCACGACCCCCGACACCGAUGAGAAACUAUAAUGAAAACGAAGUACCAUUCCCGAUACUGUUCCCAGCGAUCGGAAAGUAAGGGAUUCUUCCCUUCACUCCCUGCAGCAUGCUGCAGUGUGUCCCGCGUGCUGCUGUCUCGUUACUUGUCAAUGUUAGCCAACUCUGUGUCUUUCGCUUCGUAAUAUUCGUCUCUCGGCCCGGAUAAUGGUGUGACGGUGUGCGAAGAAGAUUGUCGGACGGUUUCAGUCACGGGCCACGGGUGGAAUGUCGUCCGCAUUUAUGUGUCAAUUGAAAUCAGGAUCAACAUGUAUAUGUCUAUGUGUGUGUGAAUGUGUAGGUGUGAUUUGUAGCAGCAUACCCGUACCAUAUUAUUAACCAAUUGUCCAUAUUUGGCUGCAGAGCUGGUGCUGGGUAGUAUAACAGCGGGGAAGGUUUUUAGGGGAGAGAUAUGAUACGAAGAUGGUAAACUAUUUUGUGUAGCAUUUAUAGCCACCCGGACGUAACCGGUGUACCAUAAUGAGAACUAUUUUGAUGUAUUUUCGCUGUUAUUGCGACCAUGUAUGAAUAAAUGUGA